CUGACUCUCGUUUCUACAACCCCAAACCAAGCGGCCAAGACUGUAAGCUCCGGGUACAGCUUCCCUGAGGCAAUGGUGGCGCACCUUAACACCGCAGCCAUCAGCCCUGUGGGCUCGAGCAGCCCUCAAUUCUUGCCUGAUGACGGCUGGGCUUUCGUUUUCAGUCUCCUCUCCCCCCGAUCUAUCUGCCUCUUAUCCCUCAUGUCCGCCUUCGUCCUCGUCUUUGACUGCUCCUACCGCGAGCUGCCAUGUCCUUGACAGUGCGAAGUCUGAACGGGGACACCGCCUUCCUCCUCACAUUCUCCUCUCCUGUCGCCCCCAUAUCCUCUCCUGGUCUGUUUCCAGGUUCCUUCACAAUCCUCAUCGAUCCAUGGCUCACAGGAGCGGCCACCAUUCUCAGCACAAUAUUCUCUAUUUCUGAACAGAAGACUAAGCCCUGCAUCUCAUCCUUGAAAGAACUAGAACAGGAGCCCGACAUCAUUCUGAUUUCUCAAGAUAAACCGGAUCACUGCCACGAGGAGACCUUGCGACAACUCCCCCGAGAGUGUCAGUCGACCAUCCUCGCAAUUCCGUCUGCCGCUCGGAAGAUUCGCUCAUGGAAGCACUUCCGGCCUGAGCUUAUUUAUGCCUUACCUAAAUAUGUCGAGGGCGAUUCCCAGUCAAUAUAUCGCCUAGUCAUUCCCCCAUUCUCUCCCCGUGGUUCGUGUGGCGAAGUUACUGUGACAUGGAUGCCUGCUAAAAGAGACAUAUCUGGUCUGCACCAUGCUUUUGGUAUUACCUAUCGCCCACCGUGUAGUGUGCUGUCUGCAAAUCCAGGCUCCUAUCUAGAUCUUCCGCCUAGUCCUCCUGCAUCUCCGGGAUCCCCACGGACGGUAGCAUCUUCGCCCCGCACUCUCGUCCCAGCGCCCUACAAUGACCGUGAGAAGACUUUGUCAGUCAUCUACUCUCCUCAUGGCGUGCCAUACGAAAUUAUCCGUCCAUAUGCUUCCUCGCAUCUCGUUGCCGAAUCAGCGCUCCCGUUGAGUGCUCUCAUUCAUUCCUUCGACCGCGUCGAAAACCCUUGGUAUCUUGGAGGGAAUAUAUCAGCAGGGUCUCCUGGAGGAUUGCGGAUUGCCCGAAGUCUGUUCGCUCAAGCCUGGAUCAGCGCACAUGAUGCUGACAAGAAUAAUCGCGGAUUGUCAGUCAAGAGGGUGGUGAUUGGUAAAUAUGCCGUGGAUGAAAUUAAGAAGAUGUUGCAAGAACAUGGUGGAGAGAUGCAACAUAAGAAGAAACAUUUCGAUGAGACGAAAGUUGUUAGUCUUGCCUCUGGAGAAGAGCAUAGGAUUGACAGGGGCUGAGUUGAGGGGGUGAAUUGAAUUGGCACUACUGUGACCAGACAAUACCUCAAUACUCAAAUAAAGCUCAGAUCGAGCGGCGGCGGAGGCUCCACCUGGCACCUACCCCGUCACAUAAGAAUGACAAUACCGUAGGAGCGGGCGACAAGGACAAGUCACAGCAUGGAUCCUCCAAG